UGCUCACUCGAAGUGUUUUUAUGCCUUGUGGACGGCAGAGGCCGAAGAGGGACUCGAACUCAACUGCGGACCAAAACUGUGGAAAUGUUGAACUGGAAUUGAAGAGGCGAAGACAUAAAACCACCCUUGAGAGAUUCAGGUUGAACCCAUGCCGCGGCCUCGUUUCCACUCCACCUGAAGAGGAAUUUGGCGCGCUGUUGUGAUAAAAGGGAUGAACGAGAGUCAGUCUGCCACGACCCUCCUGAGAAGGUGCCACCUCGCCCGCUCCAAGGCCGACGGCGUCAGCGCCGUCCCGACCGGCGACGCCGGUGGCGAAGUCGCCCAAGCCGAGAACGGGGGGCAGUUCCUGGACGAGUUUUCAAACUUGUUCGAGAGCGCGGACGCCUCCCCGUCUGCUCAGGACCUCGGGCAGGAUUCGCCCCAGGAGCCCGUUCAGCCCGGGCAGUCUGCGGAUGGCAGGCAGAACCUGCGGAUGAAGUUCCAGGGCGCUUUCAAAAAGGGCAUCUCCAACCCCAUGGAUCUACUGGAAUCCACCAUAUAUGAAUCGAAUGUGGUUCCAGGUCCAAAGAAAGCCCCCAUGGACUCGCUUUUUGACUACGGCACCUACAGGAACACAAGCAACCAGAAACGGCGCAGGAAGAAGCUGCCAAGAGGUAAAACCGAGACAUCCGGUGAGGACGGUCCGAGCGAGGACCCCCCGAAGGUGCUGAAAGUGUUCAACCGCUCUCUCCUGUUUGAGUGCGUGUCGCGCGGGGAUCCCGACGCCUUGGAGGGCCUGGCGGAGUACUUGCAGAGCAACGACAAGAGGUUGACGGAUGAGGAGUUCAAAGAGCCGUCCACGGGCAAGACGGGCCUCCCCAAAGCCCUCCUGAACCUCUACAGCGGGCGGAACGACACCAUCCCGCUGCUGGUGGACAUCGCCGAGAAGACGGGAAGCCUGAGAGAGUUUGUCAACACGCCUUUCCGGGACGUCUACUACAGAGGCCAGACGGCGCUCCACAUCGCCAUCGAGCGCCGUUGUAAGCAGUACGUGGAACUGCUGGUGGAGAAAGGAGCCGACGUCCACGCGCAGGCCAGGGGACGCUUCUUCCAGCCCAGGGACGAGGGCGGCUACUUCUACUUCGGCGAGCUGCCCCUCUCGCUGGCCGCGUGCACCAACCAGCCCAACAUCGUCCACUACCUGACCGAGAAUCCCCACAAGAAGGCCGACCUCCGGCGUCAAGAUUCCCGCGGCAACACCGUCCUGCACGCGCUGGUGCACAUCGCCGACAACACCAAGGACAACACUCGUUUCCUCACCAAGAUGUAUGACCUGCUCCUGAUCAAGAGCGCCAAACUGUACCCGGACUGCAGUCUGGAGAGUGUCCUCAAUAACGAUGGCAUGUCGCCUCUUAUGAUGGCGGCCAAACUAGGCAAGAUCGGGGUUUUCCAACACAUCAUUCGACGGGAGAUCAAAGACGAGGACGUCCGUCAUCUGUCGCGCAAGUUUAAGGACUGGGCUUAUGGACCGGUGUACUCGUCCCUUUAUGACCUGUCGUCGUUGGACAACUGUGGAGGGGAACCAUCUGUGCUGGAGAUCCUCGUUUAUAACAGUCACAGUGAGAUCCGUCACGAGAUGCUGGCGGUGGAGCCCAUCAACGAGCUGCUGAGGGCCAAGUGGCAGAAGUUUGCCGCCGUGACCUUUUACAUCAACGUCGUUUCCUACCUCUGCACCAUGAUCGUCUUCACCCUGGUGGCUUAUUACCACCCGACACACGGAACGCCCCCGUACCCGUACACAGAAUCCAGCGACUACUUGCGCAUGGCCGGGGAGCUCGUCACGCUGGUAUCCGGAAUCUUCUUCCUCCUAACAAACAUUAAGGACCUGUUCUUGAAAAAGUGCCCCGGGGUGAAGUCCUUAUUUAUUGAUGGAUCCUUUCAACUGCUGUAUUUCAUUUACUCGAUACUGAUCAUAGUCACAGCCGCGCUCUACUUGUCCGGUAUCGAGGCUUACGUGUCCGUGAUGGUCUUUGCUCUCGUUCUGGGCUGGAUGAACACCCUUUACUUCACCAGAGGCCUCAAGCUGACCGGCACCUACAGCAUCAUGAUACAGAAGAUUCUUUUCAAAGACCUCUUUAGGUUUCUGCUGGUCUACGUUCUCUUCAUGAUUGGCUACGCAUCAGCUCUGGUGUCCCUGCUGACCGCGUGCCCCCUGCCGGGCACGGACUGCGACGGAGUCUGCCCGACGUACCCCAAGUGCAGGGACCCCGACACCUUCAGUACCUUCCUGCUGGACCUCUUCAAGCUGACUAUCGGGAUGGGAGAGCUGGACAUGAUCCACAACGCUCAAUACCCGGCGGUUUUCCUCAUCCUGCUGGUGACGUACAUCAUCCUCACCUUUGUGCUGCUCCUCAACAUGCUGAUCGCCUUGAUGGGGGAGACGGUGGGCCAGGUCUCCAAGGAGAGCAAAAAAAUAUGGAAGCUGCAGUGGGCGACGACCAUCCUGGACAUCGAACGCUCGUUCCCAGCUUGCAUCCGCAAGUCAUUCCGAGUGGGCGAGAUGGUGACGGUGGGCAAGAACCGGGAUGGGACGCCAGACCGACGUUGGUGCUUCCGGGUGGAUGAGGUCAACUGGUGCCACUGGAACCAAAACUUGGCCAUCAUCAACGAGGACCCGGGCAAGAAUGAGACCUGUCAGGCCGACGGCCUUCAGCAAAGCGUCAAAGGCUUGAGGAGAGACCGCUGGUCCACCGUGGUCCCACGGGCGGUGGAGUUAAGUCGGGGUCCGCGGCCUCGCGAUCUCGUGAUCGAGAUGGAGCCCCUGACGCCCCGCCGCUAACAACCACGGAGGACUAGCGCUGCAGUGACGAGACGUGGAGGAGCUCACCCGCUGCUAGCCGUCGUUUGCACAACUCACAUAUGUGCCUUCUACUCAUUCUCGGGAGCUAAUCGUAAAUAUAUAUGAUAUAAUAUUUCUGGAACGGGAUUAUAAGGAAACCUCAUAAACCGGACACCGGACGCUGCAUUUUACUCAGGGAUUUGAGACAGUCGCGGUAUUCCCAUGAAGAGUCGUGAACUGUGCUUACGGAAUCAUAAUUACUGUAUCAUUGCGCUCACAGUGCAAACGUUUUUAAAAUCUAUAAAUAAACAAUCUCAGCGGGAAGAAAACACAGCGCUAAAUAUUUAUGCACACCCAGUUGCUCGCUAUUUCCGAGCGACCUUCGCGCGACGUGACCGGUCGGUGCCGGUCGCAGUACUCUCUGCAGUAUUUCUAUACGGCAGAUGUGAUGAAAUGUUUGUUUUCAUAUUUGUCUCAAGCCCGGGCAGCUUAAACCGUAUUGGAACGAAACAAUGCACUUUUGCUCUUUCCGAAUAUUUGCGUCAUUGUUGCAAAACAAAGACAACAAAAAAAAAAAAAAAAAAAAUGAAAAGCGAGCCCGAUGAGCAAGGUUGUCAGGCAAGUGCUCGACAACGGUUUUCUGUGUUGCGCGCUUUGUCUUUGGAUUUCUGGAGUUAUUGUUCCUCGCAGCUGCGGGAUAUUUGCAUAAUCGACGCGGAGGCUGUUUGCUCGAAUACUUUCAGGGCAUUUGGCUCAUUGCCCUGCACGGCAUCCUCUUAUUAUAAAAAAAAAAAAAAAAAUGAAAAUUAUUUGUGGGUGUACUUCCCAUUUUCUAUAUGCGCCGCAUGAAACAAUAUAUGCUCAUUUCGCAAUUUUUUACAUACGCGUUACAUGUUUUUUGUACAGAUGUCAAUUGGUUCCAAAGAACAAUA